AUGAACGACAAACUAAUUUGGCAGAUGUCUGCCCCCGUCGCGUUCGGAUUGAAUACAAGCAAGGACAGCAUUGUAUCCGACUGGGACUUUUCUGAAGGAGAGCUGCCAUCACUUCACAGCAGGACUCCCGGAACUAUUCCAGAUGGUGGGCCCUCGGGCAGGCCUAAUACCGUUGCUGAUAUGAACGAUGAAUUCAGUGACCCUGAAUGGGACACGCUGAACCCAGGUGAUCUCACCGACAUGGCCACCAGCAGUACGAACGAUUCCAGAAUGCAGGACGUGGACGUAGUGCAUCCAUGGAAAAUCGUCGACUACCAGCUCUACCUUAGUAGCUCCAAAGGGGGAGAAGAUGCGGAAUCCAGGCGUAAUCGCGUGUACCUAUACGACGGAGACGACUGCUGCCCUUUGGUCUAUCGUGAAAUGCGGGAAGGACGAGCCUUCGAUAACUUCCUGGUGAGGGGCCAGCCGAAGCUUCUUUUCGCAGUCCUACCCAUCCCAGGGCCUGACGCUUCUUUCGACGGUAUGUCUUAUGUUCUUGGGUUCGACUGUUUUACGAGAACCUUCUUUGCACGCUUUUUCAGUUGGGUUCCAGAGCAUAUCGACGACCUCUGGAGUAUUUGGGACGAUGGAUGCGAUACGUAUGGUCUCACGAUUCUCGGUCUCGUCCAGUUGUUUAAAACGACUUUCAACAAUACGGGAGGGGAUGUGAGUGUUGGACUCCUCAGCUCGAGCCCUUACUGCAUAUCUCGCCACGCUAACGACGACCCUGGAAUGGAGCUUGUUAUCGCCAUUUUGUACGGCCAGUGGGUGGUCGACUUCGCAGAGGUUCUUUUUCACCAGGAGCAAAGCUUGAUCGAUGAUCUCAAAAAAGAAUUUGAUGAUUACCUUGACAAAUGCCGUGCGAUUCUCGAACGGGCGUCGUACAAGGCCUGGUCUAGUAUUUCCAAUGGCACGCCCGCACGGCCUAUCAAAGGAAAAUCCCUUGUAAACCGAUAUACAAAUGACCUGUACACGUUCAGUGAGUCUAUUGAUGAGGGAAGUUUGAGAGGGCACGAAUGGCAUGCACCGAGCAUCGACAUUUGCAACCAGCUCCGCGAGGAUAACCGGAACCUACUUAGAGAACAAGCCGAAAAACGAUUCGAAAAGCUCUUCGCCAGACCUGAAUCUGACACUGUCUCCCCGGAUGAGGUCUUGGAGAAAAUGUUGGCAAGGACUAGGAGUGAGGACUAUGAGAGGCUCCUGCCGCUUUGGGAGAAUCCAGCACCUAGGACUCCUUCACCGUCUGGAUAUCCAUUUGUUGAAGUUGAAAACGCAAUUCUGGAGGAUUAUGUUUAA